AUGCUUUACAUAUUUUGCAAUAGCGCUAUAUGUCCUUCCGCAAUUUAAGUCGCGUACAGGCAUGAUAGGAUCUGGGGUUUUAAAUAUAUUGAUCCGCCUUUAAGUUUAAAUGUAUAUAAAUAACCAUGGACAACUAAGAUAUGAUCAUACUUACGGAACUCCUCUCUACUUUAGGAGUCUGGUGACGAUUAGUGUUAGCUGGGAUUAAGCAAUACUUACUGAUCUUUUAGUUCCUUGUUCGGAAGUCGUCAUAUAGACGCAUAAGUAACGAGUGUUGAAAUAAACAAGGAACAGCGUGGCGUAUAGAUCUACUACUGCAAUGCAUACCAUUAAAGGUUUAUUGUGGGAAAUUUAAUGGUAUCUACACGCGUUUCACAGAUAAUAAACACGGCCGGAGUGAAAUCAGAAAUGAGAAACAGAAAGGAGAAGAGCGUGGAUUUGGAUGAGCAGAUUGUGAACAACAACGAAGGCUCGGGGGAAAGUCGUCAGCGGUUUUAUUCCAGGUUAUGUGAAUUAAGGGAUGAAGCCUGCCAGAGGAACAUAAAUAAGGAUUUGGUAGCCCAUGUGUUUAGGGCUCGGGGAGGCUUGACAAUCCAGCCUUCUGUGGAUUUCUCGUGGCCCAAGAUAUUGGCAUUGGCUGUGACCUUGUCGAUUAUCAUUACAGCAGGGGUCACGGUCUGUGCUGGGGUUGCUAUGAAGUAUUUUGGGUGGGACGAGUGGAUUUAUUCAGCGAUUAGCGAAUCCCGUUGUCUUUUUGAAAACGGGGGUUUCACGAUGGAAGUUGCCCGACCGCUAACAAAUUGUGAUUGUUGCAGGAAUCUCCAACAGUUUCCAAUUGAAAGAAACAUUUCCCAUGAGGAUUUUGUCAAGAAAUAUGCAUAUUCCGCUGUACCCGUUCUCAUCAAGGAUGCAACCACAAACUGGACGGCAAUGACGAAUUUUAGUUUUGAUUUUUUUAAAAACUUGUAUACUAAAACAAAAGGUGCUCUGUCGUCUAUCGAAGAAGAAUGCCAGUUCUUUCCCUAUAAAACAGAAUUUGAGACCCUGGAGGAGGUAUUUAAUAUGUCAGCAAAGAGAGCCAAUUUUACAUCCGGGGAAAAACCGUGGUAUAUCGGAUGGAGUAACUGUCAUUCUGAAGUGGCCACUGUUUUACGUCAGCACUACAACCGACCGUACUUCCUUCCGGCGGAUUCUGAGUCCAGCAUGCUAGAUUGGAUCUUUAUGGGGGGUCCCGGACUGGGCGCUUUCAUCCACCUGGACUAUGUGCAACGUCCAUCCUGGCAGGCCCAAAUUUCAGGACAAAAAACCUGGACGCUGAUCCCGACCCCUGAGUGUGAGGAUGUGUGUACUUCAAUGAAUGUCACCGUCAGCAAGGGCGAUAUCAUUGUCUUGGACACCAACCAGUGGUACCACGCCACCUACAUUCACCCCGGCGAAAUCAGUAUCACUAUUGGAUCCGAGUAUGACUAAAUAAAUCAUAUUCACAGAG